AUGGAGGCGGAGGGGAGAAUCCUCGAGAGGAGCAGGGAGCUGAGCGAAAUUUUGAUCAAGUCCUUCAAAAAUGAAGUGGGAAGCGUGAAUUACCUGAACGAGUGCAGAAACAGAGAUUGCUCUGAAUUUUACGGAGCCUUUUAUUUAGUAUACUCGGACCUGAUAGAGAAGGACAAGACGUUGAGCAUGUUCAAGGACCAUCUGGUGUUCCUCUCCUUUUGCUACAUGAACAAAUUAUUGUUAAAGCAUUACCAUGUGUACCCACAAGAGAGUAAAGUUAGCAUAAGAAAUAGCUUUAUUAAUAUUCUGUUUUCUCUACCCAUAAGUUUUAAUCACGAGUUGGAUGGGAGCACACUACACAUGAAGGAGAAGUCAGUAGAAGCAGUGAAAAAAAAAUUCGCUGAUGUGUUUCUGAACCCAAUUAAUUUGUUAAUGAGUGACUACCUCAAGGAGAGGGACAAUUACAUGAUUAGGUUUUAUAUAAAUUGUACGAAGAAUAAAUUUGCGCAGAUUUUUAGUAUCCUUUGCCUGAACAAUGAGUACGUUUACUUUAGGUACUUGUAUAACUUUUUGCUUUUCUUCGUGAGGGAGUUUCUAACGCGCAGGUUGUCUUUGCAGGGGGGUGGCAGUGGUAGCGAUGGUGAGUACUUCUCCACCGUCGUGCACAUCUGCCUCAACUUCCUGCGGGAGAUCUUCUACCACAUUAGCAACGAGAGCAGCAGCAAUGUUCAUAACAAACAGCAGCUCAACAUUUUCAGGGGACUCAUAAUAAACGAGGCGAACGAGUUGUUCGAGUUUUUGUCCAUUUGCUUCUACGAUAGUCUUAGUUGCAGGAAGAGGGGACAAUUCGAGUUACUCAUUGAAUGUGUGAAGGACCUGUUUUUCUUCUUCCCCUCCCACUUGUUCUUCAACCACCGGGGGGGUAGCAACUCCCCUCUGAAGUUCCUCUUAAACUUGCUCUUUGUGCGCUUCGCGGGGGGUGCAAACAGUGCAUUGAGCAGCGGUGUGGGAAGUCAUGAACCGCCCUUGCCGCUAACCGAGUUCAACCUUCUAUACAAUAGUUACCUGUCCCUGAGCCAACUCAGUUGUGUGUCGCCCAGCGUGCAGUCCUUCUUGGCCAAACUAGACCUGGAGGAACACCUCCUACACAUCUUCCUGAGCAUCAUCGAGUACAUAUCUCGAAUAAACAGCAAGAGUUUUAUUCAAUUGGAUGAAAGCGAGUUAAUGCAAUUCCUCGAAAGUUACUUUAACAUAAACCUUAAUGUGUUAGACGUGACUAGCUACUCGUAUCAGAAGUUGUACAUCCGCAUGAUUGUGAAUUUGUCCUCCAUCCCCAUUUCAAAUUAUCUGCACGAAAAAAAUAACAAAAAAAAAUGCCUGCACAUGUACAUAAUAAAUGUAUUCAAAAAUAUUUACCAUCCCGAUGUUGAAAUAUUGGCCAAUGUCUUAUCCAUUUGUAAAAAUAUAUUUGAAAAUAACAGGGACUUGAUUUAUAUUAAGAACAAAGAAAAUGAAUUAGCUAGCCAAAAAUAUAAUAUACACAAAAUUGAAAGAGAAAGUAUGCUGGAUCAGAACAAUGAAAAACUAUUUAAUCCUGAUACACAAUUUGUCGUGAGCCGAGAAGAUUUAAAAAAACUUUUCAUGCUCAUGUUUGUUCGUUUUAUGAAAAUCCCUGUAUACUCUGAUCAGAAUUGUUUAAAUAAGAAAAUGAUGAUCGACUUUGUUCAUAAUUUUAUUAAUGAAUACAAUGAGGAGUGGUUUCAGACCUACUUCCGUUACGUGCGAGAAGAUUGUAUGGAGGGAGACAAAGGGGAGCAGGGUUUGAAUUGUUGUAACCAAACAGGGCGAAGGGAUAACACGAAAAAUUUGCUAAAGCAGAAAAUUUUUGCCCUUUUUCGUGUAUUGGUAGGACUUAACCACGAAGUAUUUUCCAUCAUGGUUGAAGUCUUUUGUGAGUUUUUUAUAUUUUAUAAGAAUAUUAAUGUCCAAAAUUUGUGUAAUGAGACCAUGAAGGUGAAGGACUACUUCGUUUUUGUUUUGCUUCGUGUGUAUUGUGAGUUGCUCGUUUUUUUUGUUAACACCUUGAAGGAGUGUAAGGGAGUGGUUACUGGUGGAGACACGGAGGUAAACGAGGAAGUCAUUUCUUUUCAGCUUCUUCCCCCUGGAGAGAAGGAGGCCUACUUACAAGGGAUUCUACAUUUGAGGAACUCUCUUGCGAAACGCAUCAUUGGGUCACAUGCGUUUGAAGAGACGGAGCUGGACAGGAAGAUGCAGGAGGCGGUGAAUUGGAAGGGGGUGCAAACGAACUGGCAGCGUGCCGAUGGAGGAGAGGACAGCAAUAACAUAGAAGACUUGAAAAAGAGAAAGGAAAAAGUGGAGUUACAGAUACACAUUAUUAAUUGUAUUCAAAAGUAUGGGGGGUCUCCUUAUUAUGAAAUUAGUCUAGAGUGUAUUAACAAUUUGUUAAAUUGUUAUAAGGAAAUUUUGAAUGGUGAUUUUAUGAACAUGUGUAAAGUUUCUUCAAACUUUCUUUUGUUCGAGGUGAAGAGGUUGCAGUUCCUCUCGGAAAGUACCUACCUACUACACUACAAUAAGCAAUGUGCCUUUUACAUGAUGGAAAAUUUAUUACGUAACAUCGUCCAAGGGGAGGAGACGCCAGGUUCAACGGAUUCGAGAAGCGACUCCAACACUUCUAUCGAGCUGAAGAAAAAUUAUUUUGCCAUUUUCACUUCCAUUAUCUCCAACCUGAAGCAUCUAGUAACAAACGAUAUGCUCGAGAAAAUGCUGAACUCCUUCCUUGAGUUUAAAGCGAGCAAUAAUGUCUUCAAGUGUAACAAGGAGCUUUGUGUAUUUCUACUAACCCUCAUUUCUGUGUUGAAGGUGGGUGACAUGAACGACAAAGUGAUAAACACUUAUUUGAGUGUCGUCAUGGAAGAACUCUUUGUAUUCCUAACAGAUGCUUCUAAAAGCAUAUCCUCGUUCGAGACCCUUUACGAGUUUUUAUUUGGAGACGAGAGGAAGGUGGAGAUCGGGCGCACACUGUUUGAUAUACUCAAAAUCGCGCAGACCUACUUUUGUGUUUUUUCCUUCUUCAAAGUGGAGUCUCGUCUUCGAGGGGUUGGUGAGAAAAUUUUGGGGUCAGCUGGUGACAUGGAUGGGGUGGCCAAGGGGAUAUUGGAGAAUGUGCGUCUGGUGGAGAAUAAUCCUUUCCUUCAAAUGAGCAUUGAGUUGUUUACGCGAGUGAUGUUUGUGUACCCUGGUCUGAAUGAGAUGUUGAAGAACUGCCGGUCAUUCGAGGCGCACCCCAUGCUUUGCGCGGAGGUGAGUUACUUCCACUUGAGCGAGCGGGAGCGCGAGAUCGCCUCUGUGUGCGCGCGCAUGGGUAAAGAAGCCAUUAGCGGGGUUAGCGGCGUUGGCGUGGCUGGCGGCAUUAGCGCGAUUAGCAGCGUUAGCAGCGUCAGCGGCCUUCGGGGGGUUGGGGGGGCACCCCCAAAAGGAGGAAAGAAGUUCAGUUUGACGGUGAAGUGCCUGCACGAGAAUAUGUGCAGCGUGGUGAAGCGGUUCAUCAGCGAGGGGUACAUGUUUGUGUACAAUGACACGGAGAAGCUGUUCCUGGAGGUGCUAUCGCCGGCAUUCGACUUCAGCCCCUACCACUUCAUGGCUCAAAAUGUGCAACAGGUAUAUUUAUGUCUGAGCGAGAAGUUAAGGCAGCAGCUGGUAGAACGAACCCUAAAAGAGUUAGUAACCAAGUGGUGUGAACACAUAUUUUCACAAUUUGUAUUGAAGCACUACAACUACUUCAAAUCAAGCUUCGAACACAUACAGAUGGUUCAUGAACACCUGAAUAAACAAGUCGAUAUGAAAGAAGAAGAGUACGUCAUGUAUGGUGACCUCUUAUACCAUAACAAAAAUUAUAUUCUUACGUUUAUAAAAAUAUGCAAAAAUAUUUUUACGGUUCCAAAUGAAUUUAAGAAUAAUCGAGACGGCAAAUCUGUUUUCUUUCCUUUUUACCGAGACAGCAAGAAUGAAACGUUGAACAAUUUAUUUAUAACUUUGGAGUUACUUCUGCACAGCUACGAUUGUAAUAUUGUGAAGAAGUCAUUAGGUUUAUUCUUAGAUAUGUCGGACUCGAUUAUGUUUCUUCCUUUUGACUCAUCUCACUUUUUAAUUUACCUGGGGAUGCUUAAAAUCGUUUUGCGAGCCUUCCUCCUGUUUAACCCUCCAAUACUGACUCUUCAGCAGAAGGGCAAGGGUGGGGGUCAGGGUGUUAAUAAUUCGAACCUGUUGAACAGAUACGAAGAGAAGAAUAAUGCUGGAGGAGGAGCAAGAAGAGGGGAUGACCUCCUUCAUAAUGACUCUAUGGAAGUGUACACAGGAGAGAUGAACCUGUUUAUGAAGAACGACCCACAAGAAUUAACCUCAUAUUUACAUGUCAUCCCUUCUGCCUUUAUUAAAAUCUGCAAAAAUUAUUUUUGCCUGCAAGCCAAGGUGUACAGACUGAAGGAGAGUGGUGGUGCUACUUCAUUAGAUGAGUUACUCCAGUUGGACACUGUAAAGCAUUUUCUUUUUCUCUUCAAGGAUGUGGACGGUUCCUCCUCGUUCGACUUUCGUACCAUCGUCGCUGACCUGUUUCAACAGAACGCUUGCGACUACUUGAGGGGUGUGCUCGUGCAGUGCCGCCUCGGCGCUCAGGGAAGGAAGGUUCCGAUAGUCCCUAGGGUUGGCAGGGCCUUGGAGAGACCCAUCACUGUUUUGAAGUCCACGGAGGAAUUCGAUGAUUACAAAUACUUCACAGAUGAGUACAUCCCGCCGCUUCCCCCCGUGGAGACGUGGGAGGAGCUGCUGAUGAAGGAAGAAAUUAGAAACAAGGCGGAGGACGAGAAGCGGAGCGUGGACGAUUACACGCUCACGCACGAGAGCAGGCAGAAGGUGCUGGACAUCAUGCGGCAGACGCGCCUGAUCAACCACUGCAACUACGAGGCCCAGAAGAACAAGCAGAAGAACGUGCUGUACUUCGUGACGCCCAAGAUGGGCCCGUACUGCAAGCUUAUGGAGGGGGACAAGGAUAAAAUGGAAAGCCUAAUCAGCAAGGUAAAGGAAAAGUUUGAAAACAAGGUACAAAUUGUGAACAUGAAGAUGGACGUCAAGAUGCCUCUGUUCGAAAUAUUUUUACAAGCAAACAUACACACACAAAUAAAAAUCUUCCACGCCAGGGGGAGGACUCUACAGUAUAGAUUGCCCCCCCCCUUUUGGACCAAAUGCAAAAUACUUAAGGAGAACAAGCUGCUGCAGGAGAAGUACGGAGGAGAGUGUGCCCCAGGGUUGUUUCCUCGUUACGAUGAAUAUGUUAUGAUGGAAAUAAUGACUGAGUGUGUCUUUAAUGACAAGUACAAUUACUAUGUGUACGACGUGAAUUUGGAGUGGGAGAACUUGUGUGCACUUACUCCGGAAAAUAAAGAGCUUCGGAAGAUCGUUCACCAGAACGUGCACGUCCCUACUCGCCUGGCGGUCAUCAAGGCUUUCGAGGAGGGCAUCGCGGACUUCAGAGACGUCAUCCACGAGGAACACCUCAUUAUGCUCCGUGAGCAGCGGAAGAUGAAGGAGAAUCGUCGUUACAAUUUUUAG